AUGACGAAGGUGCUGUUCGCCGAGUGGCUUGUCGAGCUCGAUCAAGAAAUGGCAAAGAAAGGCAGGAAGAUCCUCCUCCUGCUAGACAACUGCAGCGCACAUCGCAUCAAUCCCUGGCUGUCUAACGUGGAGCUGCUGUUUCUACCUCCAAACAGCACCUGCAAAACUCAGUCACUUGACAUGGGAAUCAUUGCAAACUUUAAGGUUUGCUACAAGCGGAGAGUGAUCGAACGGAUCCUUCGCGACCUCGCACCCAACCCGGCGGCCCGUACCACUCCCGUGACGAAGAUUACCCUAUGCAUGGCCGUACAAAUGAUGUACGCUGCCUGGCAUGAAGUGAAGCACCAGACAGUGCGGAACUGUUUUGUUAAAGCUGGAAUACGCGUUCCUGACGAAAACACAGGCCCGGUAGAUGAGGAUGUGGAGGCAGCCUCAAUCCAGGGAGAAGUGGAGGCAGCGUGGGAGCGGCUUGCGCCCUUAGACGACGUGACCCUCGAGGACUUUCUGAACGCAGACAGCUGCGCAUCAACGCGUGAGGAAGCGACAGAUGCGUCCAUCAUCCAGGAGGUGUGCCCAACCCAAAACGAUGAACACAGUGAAAGUGAAAACGAUGAUGAAGACGACCGCCCAGUCACGGUGGAGCGCGCUGUGGAGGCUAUCACGGACCUCAGGAAGUUCGUGGCUGCACGCGGCCUCGACCAAAACUUUUUUUUGUGCUUGGAUAAACUAGAAAAGAGUGUUUGCAACAGCGGUCCAAGGCUGAAGCAAACGAUGUUGUUUUCAUUUUUGCAAUAA